AUGGCCCCAUCAGUCGAAGUAGCCACCCCAGCUCCAGCCCCCGUCGACACAAAGGUCGAAACCCAGAAGGCUGCGACUGGUUCUGGCUACAUCCGCGAGCCCCUUAAGUAUUCCGGCUCACUGGAUGAAUAUAAAAGCAUCGACGUUACCCCCGUCAUCGGACGGGAGUUUCCUGAUGUCCAGCUCGUUGAUAUCCUCAACGACGACCAGAAGAUCCGCGACCUGGCCAUAACCGUCUCUCGCCGCGGAGUCGUCUUCUUCCGGAACCAGAGUAUCAACUCAGAUGACCAGAAGAUUCUAGGCCAGAAACUGGGUGAAUUGACAGGGAAGCCUGCUACAUCAAAGCUCCAUCGCCACGCGGUGAAUAACGCCGGUAGAAAACUCACUGUCAACGAACACGGCAAGCUCGACGAUGAAAUCUCCGUCAUCUCCUCCGAAACAAACCGGAAGUACUAUGGAGAUAGAUUCGUGAACAACUCUCGCCACCUCGCUAGUGAGGGUUGGCACGCUGAUAUCACCUUCGAGAGAGUCCCCUCGGACUAUGCAAUCCUGAAAAUCAUCCACAACCCAGAAGACCAGACGGGUGGUGACACGCUCUGGGCAUCUGGAUAUGAAGUCUACGAUCGACUCUCGCCCGCAAUCCAGGCUCUGGCGGAUACUCUCAAGGCAACUCACCACCAGCCAUCCUUCAACAACAUCGCCAAAGAGCAUGGAAUCGAACUUAUCGAUGGGGACCGAGGUGCACCCGAGAACACCGGCUUCGAUUUCAAAGCCUCCCAUCCCCUCGUCCGCACAAACCCCGUCACCGGCUGGAAGAGUCUUUUCGGGGCAGCAGGCCAAGUAGACAACGGCUGGAUUGAAGACGUAACAAAGCGCGAGAGUCAGAUCCUGAAGAAAUACUUCCGGCAACUCAUUUCCGAGAACCAUGACCUCCAAGUCAGAUUCAAAUGGGGGACAAAUGACCUGGCUAUCUGGGAUAAUCGCUCUGUUUUCCAUACUGCUACCAACGACUAUGAUGGAAAGCGACAGGGAAACCGCGUAGUCUCACUGGGAGAAAUACCAUACUACGACCCUGCGUCCAAGUCUAGACGUGAGGCGUUGGCAGCUGAAGCUUGA